CCGUUGUACUAAGUCGAUAUUCAGUCGGUGAUCAUCUUUCGAGCGACGCGGACGCGGGGAUCUACGGUAAACAAUUGUGACUGUGCAUCUGGCAGACCUUCUCCCGAGGGUACAACGCUGGAGGCGACCGUUAUUGGGCUGUUUGUUUUGUCGGGAUUACUUAAUCAGCAAGUGGUGCACGUGGUUUGCCGCAAGGCCUUUUGCGGAUAGCAGGUUCCUCGGGGACUAGUACAAACACUCGUCCUUGUGUGGUGACCUACUUUUAAAUCGCGCACUACUUUAGCUCCUACCACCGCAACACGAAACGGUCAUGGAAUCGAUUUCAUCUUCACAACGCUUCUCCCCGCCUUACCGCAGCGUAGCGGAUACGUAUGCCAACCGGACUCUAUUUAUAACCGGUGCGACGGGUUUCAUGGGCAAAGUCCUUGUGGAAAAGCUGCUUCGCGAUUGUGGUGAAAUCAAGUGUAUUUACCUCUUGAUUCGUACGAAAAAGGGCGUGGAUGCCGGCCAGCGGCGAGACGACUAUCUCCGGCACACCGUCUUCGAUCGUGUGCGUGAAACAAACAAGGCUCAACUGGAUAAGAUCAAGUGUAUCCGAGGGGAUAUUUUAAGCGACGGAUUGGGCAUAAGUGACGAGGACCGAGCCCUACUGGUGGACAAGGUCGAGGUAGUGUUCCAUUGUGCCGCGAAUGUGCGGUUUGAUAUGGAACUAAAACAGGCAGUAAAUUUCAACACCAAUGGAGCGAUGCGAGUGUUGGGUCUGGCCGAGCAAAUGAAGCGACUGGUAGCCUUCGUGCACGUGUCCACCUCGUACUGCCAGUGCAACGAGGAGGUGGUGGAAGAGAAAUAUUAUCCAGCUCCGCACAAUCCCUUGGGGAUUUCCAAGCUCACCGAGUUGAUCAACAGUGACGUUCUAGGACUUGUUACUCCGAGUUUGCUGUGUAAUCUACCCAACACUUAUGCCUACACAAAGGCUCUAACGGAGGAUCUGGUGUGCAGCUACCAAGACCGGUUUCCGAUUGCUAUCGCCCGUCCCACGAUCGUAGUUGCUGCUUGCAAAGAGCCUAUCCCCGGAUGGGUCGAAGGGACCAACGGUCCAACGGGACUAAUGAUUGGCGCUGCUCGAGGUGUCAUUCGCAGUAUGCACUGCAACCCAGAAUACGACGCCGAACUCGUGCCGGUCGAUAUAACAAUGAACGCAAUAAUUGUGCUAGCGGCAGAACGUAUCAACAGCACCAACCGAGAAGUUAUGUUUUGCAACGUGUCCAAUUCGAAUACUAAUCCGCUUACAUGGGGAACCGCACUGGAGACCGGAAGGAAGCAGCUUUUUAAGGCUCCACUGUGUUUCGCAUUGUGGUAUCCAGACGGAUCGUUGAAGACCAGCUAUUACUAUCACAUGCUGUGCGUGAUAUUAUUUCAAUAUUUACCAGCUUUUCUGAUUGACUUUCUGCUUAUUGUACUACGAAAAAAGCCAUUCAUGGUAAAAGUUCAAAAGCGAAUAACACAAGGGAUAGAAAUCCUGCAGUACUAUACUACCAAAGUGUGGGUUUUCAAAAAUGAUAACAUGCGGGCAAUGUACAGCAGACUGUCCGAAGAAGACCGUACGAAGUUUUACUUUGACAUGUCCCAUAUCCACUGGCCAACGUACUUCGCCAACUACUUUCUAGGCGUUCGACACUACGUGCUGAAGGAACCACCGGAAUCACUGCCAAAAGCUCGUAGACUAUUGCAGAAGUUAUACAUUCUCGAUAAAAUAACGCAGAUCAUAUUCUACGCGUUGUUGCUAUGGUUUUUUUGGUCCUACUGGGAUGUGGUGCUAGGGUCGAUUCAAUAUGUUUUCGAUAACGGAAUUGAGAUUGCCCGAAAUGCUUUCACUCCAGCUCGGCACAUUCCAGCUCGUUCGUAGUUUGUAGUAAUAUAACUUUCAUCCCAAUAAUCCCCUUUGUGUAUAAGAACCAAAAAUUCUUUCUUUAGAACCACAAGACGCGAGCUAUACCAUUGAUAUUCUUUUUUAAAAUAAAUGAUAAGCAGCAGUA